CAGAGCAGAUACUGGCCAGGUGACAGACACAUAGGAAGCAGAAGGAGAGGGGACCAGCCAAGCACAGCAGCUUUUACCUGUCCAGGGAAGAAACGACAAGAGGUCAGCACCUGAGUGUCUACCUGAGAACAGCUAAGUGCAGGGAAGGUCAUUCUUCCUGAUCCUAUCCAGGUGAGAAGGAGGUCGUGAGAUCAUCGUGAUGUCGUGCCAGGCGUUCAGCGCGGACUCCUUCACCACCCUGGCAGGAGACUCCCUCCCCCUCCUCAUGCACCACGCCUCCGCUGCCGACUGCCUGCCCUCCUCCGCCUCCACACACACACACAACAUGGUGUCCGCAGUCCCGUCAGGUCUGUCUCUCCUCCAGUCCUCCAAGCGUUCCCACAUGCACCUCUCCACCUCCACCCUUGGCAACGCCCUCAGCAACGGUCCUCCCGGCCUGCACUACCCCGUCACACCCUGUCACUAUAGCAACCAACAGACCACUUACGGCAUGAUGGCAGCUCAGGAGAUGCUGUCUGCCAGUAUAUCUCAGACCAGAAUCCUCCAGGCCUGCAGUGUCCCGCACCCCAACAUGGUCAACGGAGCAAACACACUGCAAGGUUCAUUGGCCCCUUGUCUGUAUAAGUUUCCAGAGCAUGGUCUGGGUGGGGGGUCGUGCUCUAUGAGCCACAGUUUCCCCCCACUGCCCCCUGCCGUGCUGUCUGAGCCACCCCUGGGGUGCACUAAGGACCUCCGCCUUAGGAGCCGGCCACCAGAUGACCCCCCCGACAUGGACUCACCUCAGAUACGAGAGCUGGAGAAGUUUGCCAACGACUUCAAACUCCGCAGGAUCAAACUGGGGUACACCCAAACUAACGUUGGAGAGGCUCUGGCUGCGGUGCAUGGCUCAGAGUUCAGCCAGACAACCAUCUGUCGCUUUGAGAACCUGCAGCUGAGCUUCAAGAACGCCUGCACGUUAAAGGCCAUCCUGGCCAAGUGGCUGGACGAAGCAGAGCAGGCCGGGGCUCUGUUUAAUGAAAAAAUGGGCAUGAAUGAGCGUAAGAGGAAACGAAGAACCACUAUCAGUCUGGGGGCUAAGGAGGCAUUGGAGCGUAGUUUCGGGGAGAAGAUCAAGCCCUCAUCUCAGGAGAUCGUCCGUAUGGCCGAGGGGCUACACCUGGAGAAGGAGGUGGUCCGGGUCUGGUUCUGUAACCGUCGGCAACGAGAGAAACGGGUCAAGACCAGCCUUCACCACAGCUCCUACCUGAUCAAGGACAGUCCUACCUAUAGAUAACCCUAACCCCUAUCUGUCCCCCAAUGCCAUAAACCCUUGAGUUCGGGUGUGACCUCAUUCUUUAAUUGGACUAAAAGCCUUUUGAUCUUCAAGUGCCUGCAGCCUCUAAUACAAUUUCUCCCAGAAGUGGCUGGUCGUUGUAAAAACAAAUGACACUAAUACAUUCCCAUGUGUCUUUAUCAUCUAUUUAUCUCAAAUGUAAUAUAUAAACUGAAUGAUUAUGAAUGUGAACAUCUAAUUUAUUGACAGAUUUGUGUUUUCAAGUCAGAGACAUCUUCAACCCAGAGAGAGAGAGAGAACUAUAUAGAGACAUUCUGAUAUGUAAGAAAUCAAAACGUCCCAGUUGCACGUGUCAUCUUUCAUACGUACUGAUUUCAUGAUGCGUUUCCCAUGAAUAAAUACAUACAAACCAACAGUGUGUUGAGGACAGGAGAUGAUUUAAGUGAUGAAUAUACAAGCACCUGUGUCCCUGUAGCAUACUGGAGACAUUAUACUGCAUCAGUGUAGAGCUGGGCUCAAAAGCAGGCCAGAAGUGCCAGUCAUCGUCUUACAAUCAAUCAUUCAGUACAGGGUAGAUGUAUACAAAUAAAAAAAGAGUGAAAAAAAUAUGAUUUAAUGAAACAUUUAUCAGAGAUGCAAUUAAUUAAUUCAUGGAUUGUGCACUGACAUGCAUUUAAUGUAAUGAUUUGUUGAUUCAUUUAUUAAGCAGUUGGUGUUUCCGAGAGCCCAACAAAAGGGAGCUGAGCAGCCUGCACUGUAUGACAGUGACAUUAUUCCCUGAUUUAUUGACGUGUUUCUGUGAAUACAAACAUCCGGCCUACUAGUCAACAUGUGCAUACUGUGCUAAACUCACCCGGUCAUUAUAACUGUAGAGUGGCUCCUGUCUUACAGCUGCCUGGUGGAGGAACCUCUGAAUUCAUCUCCAUAGCCCCUUCCCCCAGGAUCCAUUCACUCUCCCAUGUCUUCAUUUGGAUGUACUGGGAGAGCAGAACUGUAGGAAUCUAGACAGAGUAAUCUCAAUAGGACAGGUAUGAAAUAAGGAUAAGAUUAGAAGGGAGCUCUGUGGUCUGAGAAAAGGUGGGAUGCACUGUGGCACUACUGAUACUGAGGUCCCUACAUAAUGAGCUCUAUAUGCUAAUUCACAGCCUGUGGUAUAUGGCUGCGCUCUCCAGCGGGACAAAGCGCUGCAUGAGUGUGUCAGGGAUGGGGUCAAUUCAAAUUGAAGGCAGUCAAUUCAGGAAGUAAACAUAAGUAACCAUUACAAAUUUGAAAAAUCUGCAUCUAUUUUCAAUGACUUCUCAAUAAACUGAGGAGUAGAAGCUAUUUAUUUCAACAGUUUUUCCUUUUUCAAUUUAAAUUAAAAUCACUUCCUGAAUUGACUCCCUUCAAUUGAAAUGGUCUCAUUGCAGCUCUGGGCCUCCAUGCUUCUAAUGCGGACUGUCCUCUUCAAUGCCUGAAUAAAAACACCAUUGAUAUG